AUGACUCCCGGAAUAGCUAUCAGGCAGUGCAUCGCGCGAAUGCUCAGCCCCAUGGCGUACCUGCCGCCAUUCACAGCGGAUUCGAGGGAAAACGGGGGAGAGGGGGAAAAGCGGGGGGAGAUGGAGAAGGUGCUAGUGCGGCCAGGCGUGUUAGAGCUGAUGGAUGAAGUGAGACAGAGAGUACGUGGAGGGAUGUGGGUGGAAGAAGAGGAGGGAGAGCGGGGGGGUGGAAAGAGCAAGGGAGCUGUGGUGACUUUUGAGUCGACUCAAAAGUCACCUGGGUGGAAGAAGAGGGAGAGCGGGGGAUUGAAAAGAGGAAGGGAGCCCGCAUGCCGGAUAGGAGGGGAUGUGUUUUUUGAGACGGGAUUUAACGUUUUUAAAAUGUUGUCUCUUGACUGGAGGGUCUGCUGGUGGCGGUGUGUUCUGCAGCCACUAAGAGCUCAGUUGUCUUUCAAGUCGACUCAAUAUUCUCUCCCCAUUCCCCCACUUCCCCACCUGUCCCCCGCCUUUCUUCCCCCCUUCUCCCCCCCGUCCUCCCCCCUCUCUCCUUCGUCUCAGGGUCUGCUGGUGGCGGUGUGUUCUGCGGCCACCAAGAGCUCAGUCGUCUUCACUCUCACCAGCCUGCUUGGGAAGGUACUGUUCAUUCCCCCUCGCUCUAUUUGUAUGGUGGUGCCUCAGAAAUAG